AUGAAAUGUGAGAAACAAAGUACAUCCCAGCUGAAAACCAAUAUGGCAAAGUUCCUUUUGGCUUACCGGAAUACACCACAUUCGACGACUGGAGAAUCACCGUCCGUGUUGUUUUUGGGCAGACCGCUACGGACUCGCCUCGAUUUGGUGAAACCUGAUUUACAAAUGAAAGUGAUGAACAGGCAAAUCGAUCAAGCAGGGAGGAAAGGACAUUCCCCCACACGUCAGUUAUCCAUUGGUCAGACUGUCAUGGCACGUAAUUACAGUGGGAAAGACAAGUGGCUACCAGGCAUAGUUCGAGCUCAAACGGGACCCCUUUCAUACGAGAUAAAAGUUGGUCCAAAUCGAAUUUGGCGACGUCACAUCGACCAGCUUCGAGCCUGUAGUGUGAAAGUAAAUGACCAGAGUGAUGAUACGGCUGAACCUCAUCCAGAGCUCGGAGAGACUGACCAGAAUAUUGCACCAGCAGAAGAAAUUGUCGCAGAGCCGGAUAUCGAACUAGCCACAAAUCCUCCAGUAGUCCAACAAGAAGAAGCCGGUAGGGCUACAACAGGAUCUGGACAACGUUACCCAACUAGAUCACACCAACCACCCGAGAG